CAAAUCCUCGGCUCAGACGACCAGACCGGCCCCGGCUCAUGGGACAUUUUCCACAGCUGUUCUUUCCAAAUACGUAGAGGGCCAGGACUCUGACAACAAGCAUGAGCGAACAUUCCACCUCCAACUCGCCUGCCCCCCUCACCCAGCCCCAGAGAUCCACCUCGAUAUCCCCGGCCAACUCUGUCUGUUCCACCAGCAAUGUGACUAAAGCCCCGCUAUACGGGACCGUUAUCCCUAACAGAGUGUUCGUGGGCGGAAUAGCCUACAACAAUGACCAGCCUGCAGACGCUAGUGCCUCGGCUGCGGCCCUGCCCACUGCUAAUGCAUGCACACCUGCCGGCACCAGCAUGCAUCUGGCCACACCUGUGUACCCCUGGUGGCAGUACCAGCAUGUGCAGAUCGGCACUCUGUUCAAGGACCGAGUUUUCGUCCGAGGCUUCGACCCAGAUUGCUCAGAGCAGGAACUGAGAGAAUUCUUCACCCAGUUUGGGGCAGUUCGAGACACAAAGAUCAUUGCUGAUAGGGCAGGGGUCAGCAAGGGCUAUGGGUUUGUGACCUUUGACAGCCAGGAGGCAGCAGACAAGGCACAACAGAAUGACAACCUCAUGUUCAAAGACAAGCGAUUGAAUGUCGGCCCGGCAAUUAGAAAGCAGGCCCCAUCACUGCCAUCACCAUUCAGACCAGAGUCUUCCUGUUCCCCUUACCUGGUGGACAUUGGUCCCGGUUCCCAGUCCUUUGUGAACAACUGGAGUCUGCCGUAUGGGUACAUGUGUCCUGAUAGCUUCCUGCCUCAACAGACAGUAGUUGGUCCGUCCGUGCCUCCAUCGUUGAGCCCAGCUCCCAUCAUGUUGCCGGCGGGACCUCCAGCCCACCAACCCUGUAACAUGUACGUGCCACAGGGCCAGCCACACCAGUCUUACUACCCUAACACUGCUGCAGGCCAGCAGUACAGUACAUCUGGCAGGGAGUGGGCACCGCAGUCUCCCCCAGCUGCCAUGCAGGCCCCCCAGCCAGUGACGUUUGAUGGCUACGGUCCUGUGUACCAGGAGAUGGUUCCUGUUGAGAUGUCCUCCUUUCCCCCAGGCUGUGUUGUGAUGACGGCGCCGAACCUGCCUCCAGAGGCUUCUGGGUACAUCUCCAUGUCCGGAGUACCCAUCAUGCAGCAGGUACAGGAGGUGAACCCUCCGCCUGAACAGCCUCCACCUCCUCCUGUCUACACUCAGCACACCAGGAGACACACGAACUUCCAUGGCCCUCCCCCGACCCGAAGGUUUCCCAGAAUCGGCACGGGACGCCCCCGAUGCAUGCCGGUGCGACCUGUCAUGGAGGCAGGGAAGUCAGCCCCCCAGGAGGGACAACCAGUCCCCACCCUGACCCCCCCUCCUACCCCUACCCCCUCCAUCAACAACUAGUACCCCCCUCUGUCAACAACUAGUACCCCCCUCUGUCAACAACUAGUACAUCCACCAGUGUUUCAGAUAGAAACAAACUACCGUCAAACCUGUACUGAUGAUCACCUCCACAUAAGGACCAUCUGGCCAAUGUGACUGACCACGUUUUGCUUGUCCCUUUAUAGAUACUAUUUCCCUUUGACACAAGCACAAAGAAUCCUGUCUAUAGUGACCACCUGUCCACAUAAGCCAGAUUCUAUCGGUCCCGAGUGGUCUUCUUGGGCAAUUUGACUGUAUAACUUUUUUGUUGUGGAAUUGGCUCUGUAUUCAUCAAAUUGUUGGUCUUUUUUGUAAGGGCAUGGCAUUGCCAGGACAUGUACUGACGAACAUUUAUUGAAGUCAAUACAAUGUGUCC